UCUAAAUUGAAUACAGUUAUUGUUGGCUUGAUCAAAGGAAGCCUCACUUUCUCUCUCUUAAUCCGAAUCCAACACCGUGGUGUAUAGAGAGAGAGAGAGAGAGAUCAUCGCUGAAUAUGGGUACGCUUCAAUCUUGGCGAAGAGCUUACGGGGCCAUCAAAGACACCACCAAAGUUGGUCUCGCCCAUGUCAAUAGCGAUUACGCGGAUUUGGAUGUUGCCAUAGUCAAAGCCACUAACCACGUCGAGUGUCCACCCAAAGAGAGACACCUUAGAAAAAUUCUGUUUGCAACUUCUGCUGUUCGACCACGGGCUGAUGUGGCAUAUUGUAUUCACGCACUUUCCCGACGCCUUGCCAAAACCCGAAAUUGGACGGUGGCAUUAAAAACACUGAUAGUCAUCCACAGGUUACUGAGGGAGGGUGAUCCAACUCUUAGAGAGGAAAUUCUGAAUUUCUCACAAAGAGGACGGAUUCUCCAACUUUCAAAUUUUAAGGAUGAUUCUAGUCCUAUCGCAUGGGAUUGUUCUGCCUGGGUACGUACCUAUGCAUUAUUUUUGGAAGAAAGACUUGAAUGCUUUCGGAUUCUGAAAUAUGAUAUUGAAGCAGAGCGUCUACCCAAACCUGCCCAAGGGCAGGAGAAGGGAUACAGCAAGACCAGGGAUUUAGAUAGUGAGGAGCUAUUGGAGCAUUUGCCUGCUUUGCAGCAGCUGCUAUAUCGACUUGUUGGCUGCCGGCCAGAAGGAGCAGCUGUUAGCAAUUAUGUGAUACAAUAUGCUCUUGCUCUGGUACUGAAAGAGAGCUUUAAGAUAUAUUGCGCUAUUAACGAUGGCAUUAUCAAUCUUGUUGACAAGUUUUUUGAGAUGCCAAGACAUGAAGCUAUUAAAGCCCUUGAAGCUUAUAAACGUGCGGGUCAGCAGGCAGCAAGUCUUUCCGAUUUCUAUGAAGUUUGCAAAGGAUUGGAACUUGCUAGGAAUUUUCAGUUUCCUGUCUUAAGAGAGCCUCCGCAAUCUUUUCUUACAACUAUGGAGGAGUACAUUAAGGAGGCACCCCGAGUGGUUACAGUUCCAAAUGAACCUAUGCUUCAGUUGACUUACAGACCAGAAGAAUUUCUUGCAAUUGAAGACACCAAAGUGUCCGAAGAGCAUGAGCCAUCAGAACCUAUUGAUAAUAAUGUUGUUGUCCCCAAUUCUGAGCCUGCACCUCCUCCUCCUCCUCCUCCCCCAUUCAACAACAAUUUUGAGACUGGAGACUUACUGGGAUUGAAUGACCUGGAGCCUAAUGCAUCAUCCAUAGAGGAAAGAAAUGCUCUGGCACUGGCCAUAGUCCCCACUGAAACUGGCACUGCAUCAGCUUUUAACUCUAGUGCUGCUCAAACAAAAGAUUUCGACCCUACUGGAUGGGAGCUUGCCCUUGUCAGCACUCCAAGUACUGAUAUUUCUUCAGUUAAUGAGAGACAAUUGGCUGGUGGAUUGGACUCUCUCACUCUUAACAGCUUAUAUGAUGAAGGAGCAUACAGAGCCGCACAACAACCGGUUUAUGGAACACCAGCCCCAAAUCCAUUCGAAGUGCAUGAUCCAUUUGCUAUAUCAAGCAGCAUUGCUCCCUCGGCCGCUGUCCAAAUGGCAGCAAUGCAACAGCAAGCAAAUCCAUUCGGUCCUUACCAACAGUUUCAGGCUCAGCCUCAGCAGCAGCAGCAUAUGUUGAUGAACCCAGCAAAUCCCUUUGCGGAUUCAGGAUUUGGGGCUUUUCAUGCAACUCCCGUUUCUCACCCACAGAAUAACAAUCCAUUUGGAAGCACAGGCUUGUUGUAAGAAAUAAGGAUGUCUCUUUUUGGAGAUUUGAUGUAUUUAAUCAAUUAAUUUGGUUUUUGUGCAUUUAGUAGUGUGAGUAAAUUGUUACACGAGUUUUACUCAUUUGUUGCUAAAUACAUGUCUUCUUGGAAUGGAAAAUGUGCCUUGUAAAAUCGAGAUAACACACUCACACACACACCGUAUUUCAUCUUUUAUGAUAUGCAUAAUGGUGGGGUCGCUUUCUUUAAACAUCAUCUUUUUAUGAUAUAUAUACUUGUUAAUAUACAAUGUAUUGUGCGAUUGUACAGAGAAUGUGUUACAUUGUUAAUUCAUUGGAA